CAUGUGGCAGAACAUGUGGCCAGGCAUUUCACAACUGCUGUCAUCUAUGGACUUCUGUUCACACGACUCAAAAGGGAAAGCCCAGCUAGGUAGGUUUGGCUCUGACAAGGAGCAGCAGUGCACACACACUGCUCUGCUACCCUUCCUAACGGGGAGAGCUGCAUUACAGGACCACCUGCACGUCUUUGGGCUGGUCUGUGGCAUGGAGCUAUUUCCUCGGGACCCGCCAGCCAAGGAUGCCUCAAGGCUUGUGGGGGCUUCUCCAGCAGCUCGAUGGCCUCCUGCUUGGAGAAGCUGCCCUUUCCUCCCAUUUUACACCCUGCCCAUCGCCGAGCACAAGGGAGUAACAUCUCCUUAAUAAGCUGCUGGCAGAAUUGCGAUGCUUUGAGAACCUUUUUAGUGCCUAUCAGGAUUUAGGAUCACAUUUUAAGCACAGGAAGGUUCAAAGCAGGCUAUUGCACAACCCCCGGCUUUCCCUACACGCCACGGGCAUUGGGUCCCAGGAGCAGAAAGGUGGUGAAGCCGUGCCAAGCCCCGACAUGCCCACAGCCCUGACAACGGCUUUUUUUGCUUGGUGGAGACGGACAUCAAAUCUCUCCCUGAAGGGAAAAAAAAAAAUCCACAAACUAAUUCACAUGUCUUUAUCUUUUUUUUUUUUUUUGUUCCUCUCCCAGUGAAGGAGGCCGGAACUGCCGGGAAAUCGCCCUCCGGGAAAGCUGUGACAACGCUCCUCUCAGUGUUACGGCCGGGGCUUAAAAUGGCGCGGAAGGGCAGCAAACCGCUCCCUUACUCCGCCGUGCCGCACCAGCCGCUCUCGGGGUGCCGCGGGGCUGUUGCCCGAAGGGAGAUCAGUCGGUGGGCGGUGAGGGGAGGCAGAAGGGAUGAGGGGAGGCAGAAGGGAUGAGGGGAGGCAGAAAGGGUGAGGGAAGCAGGGCGAACGCACGAAGGACACCCCAACUCAGCAACCCCGACUCAGCAGUGGCAGCGCCCCUAGAAGAAGAUGGCGGCGGCGGCGCUGACCAAUGAGCGCGCGGCGCCGGCUCGCGCCCGCCCGUUACCCAGUCCCGGCGCUCCGCGUGCCCCGGACGGUUCCAUUCGCCGCAAUCGCCCCCUCCCGGCGGUCGGGUUGGUGGCGCCCGGCCGGUAUAAAGUGGAGCGCGGCGCACGUGUGCUCCUCAGUGCCGGCGGGAGAGGGAGGCGGGGUGGAUUCUGUGCUGGUGGUGUCGGUGUGGAGAGGGAGCGGUGGGGGUCGGGCGUGCCGCACAGUCACCGCACAGCCCCUCGGUGCUCGUGUCCCCGUCCCCUGUGAGGGUCGCCGGUGCCCCCCUGCCCGGCCCCGCGCUGCUUCUGCUCCCCCGCGGGAUGCGGGCUCGGCCCGCCCCGCUAGCCCUCACUCCCGCGCCGGCCGCAGCAUGAGCGCGGCGAGCGACACGUAUUUCCUUAUAAAAGACAUAAAACCCGGACUGAAAAACUUAAAUGUCAUCUUUAUUGUGCUGGAGAUCGGGCGAGUCACCAAGACGAAGGACGGGCACGAGGUGAGGUCCUGCAAGGUGGCGGACAAGACGGGCAGCAUCACCAUCUGCGUGUGGGACGAGAUCGGCGGCCUUAUCCAGCCGGGGGACAUCAUCCGCCUGACCAAAGGGUACGCAUCUCUGUGGAAAGGAUGCCUGACACUUUACACAGGACGAGGAGGGGAGCUGCAUAAAAUUGGGGAGUUCUGCAUGGUGUACUCAGAAGUGCCAAACUACAGUGAACCCAACUCAGAACACGUUGGGCAGAACAAACUGGCACAGAGUGAACAGAAUAAUAUUUCUGCAUCAAGUGGUAUGGGUACUUGUAAUUUUGGGCCACUGGGAAAUGGUUUACAAGCUGGACCUGAAGCAAGUGGAUUUCCAUUCACGUAUAACCACGGCCACAUUUAUGCAGGUAGUGGGAGAGGCAAUGGACGAGGACCUGUAAAUCCAGCACCAGCUAAUACUGUUCAGCCUCUUCCCCCUGCUGUCAGUAAUGGGAGGGACCCACGCAGGGCCUUUAAAAGAUGACUAUGCCAAAUGUGGUUGUACAGCUUGCUUAAACUCUACACUCUACUUGAACACUUACUGCACUUUUAUUUAUAGUUAACUGUGAACCAGUUUGUCCUUUGGUUGUUUUUUUUACCUUUUGGUGUAUGGAGCAAACUUGAUGUGAUCUAUUUCUUGUUUUACAUCAGGGAAGCACAGUGAGUCUUCCCUGUACGUAAAGGGGGUAGGGGGAGAAGGUGGAUACAAGGAAGUAAGGGUCACAGGUGAAGUGUCUCAAUUAAAACUCGGUGCCCUUGCUAAACAGAAGAAAAUUUCAGUUACAUACCUGUAUUUCUGUUUCUUUUGGUCAGCCAUGUAGCCUUAAUAGGUCUAUUCUGUCCUGUGCACGCAUGUGUUGACUUCUGUUAGGGAUAAUGGGAGCUCUUCUUAUUGGAAGAGAAAUGAAGGGGAAGAGCAAAAAUGCUCUGGUGAGCUAGGUGUCCUGGGAAUGAAUAUGGCUUGUGAAAGCAAUAAGUGUAAGGAAAUGGUGGUGCCAGACCUAGUGGUGUCUCUGGAAUCAGAGAAUGGAUAGCUCGGGUCAAAGCUGAAGGUGUGGUGUCUUGAAGCUUGAUUCUGAUUCCAAAAAGGUGUACACUACUUGAAAAAUUCUCUCUAAACACCAUUAUCACUGUCAAGGAAAGUGACACUGAUUUUUGCUUUGGAUAGAAGCUUGGAUAUUUGUUCUUGCUUUGCAUGAGAUAGCAGAACAGGAGGAUCUAAAUUCAGACAGUGUUGGAGAAUAUGCUUUUUGUAGCCUUUCCUUGCGUAAAAGCCCAAGGUUACUUUGCAGGAGCCUGAAUUUCCAGAGCGGACUGUUCUCAAAUGCUGCAUUACCCAUCUCUUCAAUGAGUCUGCCUACUCCUCCUCCUUCUUUCAUUCACUUUUCCAAAUAAAUUAUGUAUUAGGUGAAGCUGUAUAUGUGGAUUGCAGAGGUACUGGCCAAGCACACAGCUGCACUUCUGAUGCUGUUAAGGGGGCAAAUAGCUGGUUUUAUUUCUGAGAUUACAAAUGCCUUGACUCUAGAUGAGAGUCCAGUGCCAUAUUUCAGAUCAGGUUCAAAAACAGCUUGGAAACUGAGGUGUCAUACUGGAUUCAUCUGUUUAACUCUUCUUAACUGACCUCUCAAAUAAAACAGAAUUGCACUAACCACAUCAAAAACAAAUCUAACUUUCUUUUGUCAAGCCAUAAAGACUUCAUGACAAAAGGUUGUUUCUGAAUUGUGAGUUGUCUCUGUGGUUAUUCAUGUUAUUUGAAUCUACUGCUGUGUUACUAAUGUUUACAAGUUGUUUACAUUUGAUUCUUUUCGUUUUGGUACUCUAUGCUGAUCUGUUGAAAAUUGCUUCUAAUCGGUGCAAGUUCCCUGCUUGGUGUGGAAUACUGAACUUCUUUUGAAAUGCGAGCAUCAGCUACAACAAAGUGCUGAAGGGAGGCUGAGAGAGCCCUGUGUGCCCAGACACCUGGGGGCUGUUUGUCUCUGCUCUGGUAAAGUGCUUCCCUGGUACUUCCAGGUGGAACCAGAGAAACUUGUUUCGGACACAACAGGGUGGCAUGCCUCAGAAGAUCCCCUCUGGGUGCUGCUGUGGAAGAGCACUGCUCCUUGGUGAAGCAGAAAGCAGGCAUUUCUGGGGGAAUGGUGUAAGGAGGUGACAUGUAACUCAGGGACUUCAAAUUGCUCACUAGUUUAAAUAAAUGUGAUGUAUAGUCCAGAUGCGUGGACAACCUCUUCUUCAGUGUUGCUCUAAGACAGUUGAUGUGCUUGUGAGAAGGAAGCCAAGAGGACUUCUAAACCCAGGAAAUGUCUUUGACGUGUUCCAGAGGUACAUAAGAUGUAAGUACAGUGUGAGAGCCAUGCUGCCCACUAGUAGGUGUAAGGUUUGCAAGUGAACAGUGCAGGUGGUGGUGGAGACUUGGUAUUCAUUGGAGUGUCUCCAGUGUGGAUCUCAAGUCCUGGUGUUCCUAACUUCUCUAUGGCAUAAAAAAGUUAAAAUCCAGGGCAACCCUGUGUUAGUGUGUGCUGAGGUGCGUGAUGUUUGUGGCUCUAUGCAUCUGAGCUUUUAUUAAGCUGAUAAACAGAGUACUUGUUCACAAAUUCCAAGUAAAAAGUGAUAUGAUUAAUGCUAAGUGGCAUAAGAUUAAAACCUUGCAGUCAAGUGGAUGAUUGAUGUGCAGUCGGGAGGAAAAACGCAAGAGAUGGUCUUCAUGUUCUCAAGGUUAGUAGCAUUCCUGCUUUCCUGUUUCUUACAUGAAACUAUUGCAGUUUAUUAAUAAAUUUUUACUUCUUUGCAGGGGAAAUCUGUGCCCUGAAAUGGACAUGGACUUAAAUAUAAUUUUUCAAGGUCCUCUGAUAUUCCACUGAGCCUGUGACAAAGUUGUUUCCCUCAGAGGUAUCAGUGUCAAGAUAGUGAGAUCUCAGCUUGCAGAGGAAUGUGGGAGCCUGCCUUGCAGCUGUUGGGAUCAUACCACCUCGGUUCACAGACAGACACACAUCUCUAUGCAAACAGGCAGUUGUGAAUUACUGUGACACAACUAAGGCAGUUCAUCAGUGGUUAGGUCAUGGAGUCUCUUUACAGAUGUCUUCCUAUUAAUGGUUAGGCUGCACUUAGGGUCCUCUCUGGAUAAUACAGAUUUCCAAAGGAAAAGAAGCACUGGAAAGUGUUCAUGUGCCCAGACCCAAACUGCACGGUGCUGAAGUGCUGCUGAGUAGUCACCAUACACUUUAAUCACAAGAUGCUCUGUUCUCAUCACCUGACAACAGCUCCCCCUCUCCUACCUGCCCCAGCCCAAGGACUGAUGGCAGAGUGGCAGUGGAAAGAGUUCUGCUGCCAUCUGUGUUUCUGUCCAUACUCAGCAUGAGUCACCUUGAUUUAAAAGUGGCAAAGCAGUCCCAUACUGUGAAAUACGGUCACAACUUCGGUUACGGGGGAAAGCCAUAAACACCCCAUGUGCACAGUGAAAAUGGGAAGGUGCUCUAAGAACAAAUACAAAUGCUGGACCAAAAUGCAGGACCUGAAAUGUAAUCUGCCUUCACAACUUAUUUAAUUAGUUUUGGUGUAACUUGAAACUGGCAGGUUGCAGUCCUGUGCUCCAAAUCAUGCUGCUCUUUAGCAUCACAAAUCCCAGGAAAGGUAUCUGCAGUGAAUGCUGCUUCUGUAACGCUGUGAUGGGUGGUAGAAAACACCUUUUCUACCUCAGUGCAGUGUCUGCACAGAUGACCCCCUUAGCAACAUUGCAGGGCUGUCCACCACGUUCUCUGGACAGGGGAGUGUUCAGGAGACAGGUGCUGUUCCCUGGAAACCCUUACAUUUUUCAGGGACAUUGAACCUUAUGUUUUGAAAGGACCUGGCUGCUGUGGCCAUCUUCUGCAGCUCAUGUACAUGCUCCUAAAGGCUGGGAUCUUUUCCUUGCUAUAAGGCAGUUUUCUUCAGAAGCUCCUGAAGUGCUUUUAUAGGACUAGGGAUUAGUAAAAGCAAUGGGGCUUGCAGUGUUUCUGGGGAAGUCUCCCGGGUUCCUUCAUGGCCCAUGUGUUUUCACCUGCCAGGUUGUUCCCUUGGUUCUCAAAUGUUUGUAGAUUUGCCUGGUCAAACAUGCUCUUUGUCCCUAACCCCUGAGUCAAGUGGGUAUUUGCACUGUGAAGCAUCCAGCAGUGCUUUCCCACGGGAUCCCGGGAGUGCCUUGCUGUCUUCCUGCAGCCCUUGCUGGCGGCUGGCUCAGGAGCUGCACUCAGUUAAUUUGGGGAAUUGCCUCUCAGCCGAGCACCUGUGCAUGCUCCUGAGGAGGCUGCAGGGCUGUCACUGCCUGUUCCGGACCUGAUGAGCUCUGCUAAUGAUCGCAGUGGAGCUCCCACUGGCUGUAUCCCAGCCAAGUGCUCCCCUGACUGCAGGGUGAACCUGGCCCUCCCUGCUGAGGAGCAGAGGGGCCACAGGAGUCCCAAGAAUUCAUUAAGAGAUGCUCUUUCUGUCUUCAGCCCUCAUUAUCUUACUGAGUCCUUUAUUGUUUGCAGAGAAGGUGAAAUUGUUAUGGCUCUUUAUGGGGAUGUUGCUUUUUAAUUUAUUCUCUGACAGACA